AUGAGGCCUGGACCACAAUCAGGCAGGAUAGCUGACAAGCACAAGCAGCCCUCUCUUAUUCUGCUUCUCUUCUCAGUGCUCAAGUUUUCUCAAUGUUUUGAACACCUGAGGUGUGUAUCGGUUAUGUUAGAUAACAUAAAUGGUACCACAGUAUGUCAUUUCCAUGAAGCUGCAUCAAAGUAUAACCAGAAGAAACUGGUACUGGCUUGUGAGAGAUGGUUGGAGUUAAAUCUCAUUGUACAUCUAAGAUAUGAAAUCACUUUUCGAAAUCUGCAAAAGGAUGUUUUGCAAAAAACUUUGUUAUCACCUAGAUUGUUUACUUUUUCUGAAUACCACGUGCUACAAACUAUCCUCUGCUGGAUUUUCCUUCAGGUGAACACUGAGAUACGGCUAGUACCACCAUAUAGUGCAAUCAUAACCUAUUUCAUCAGAUUAUCUGUUCCUGCAUCUCACGUGGACAUCGCCAUGGCUGGAGGUAAUGCGACCUUAAUUCAAAUACAAAGAUUGAGUAGGAGGGGACAGCAAUUGAAUUGUCAAAUAGUUCAAGAGCCGCAACAACCAGUGGCAUACCCUCCAGAGGCACACAUAGCAGCCAAACAUCCACCAAGGAGGUACAAUAGAGACCCUACUGUGCCUUCUAUUAUUCUCUUCAACUAUCUGAAGAUUUGGUGCCAUCAUCAUCAGACUGUAUCAUCUGCUGUAGUAAGAUUCAUGCACAGAAGGGCUGGGUAACAAUCUCAUCCCGGUGUUCAUCAAGGUCACAGCUCCUCAAAAAUUUUAUGCCACCCAUUUCAGCGAUAACCUGGAUCUAUGAGGCAUCUCUCUGUCCUUGAGUCAUAAAUGCAUCUCGGAUGUAACUGAUGUCAUUUUCUCCACUAUCUUAAUAUCUUCAUAUCCCUUCCUUGUGAUGAGAACAGCCAAGCAAAUGGACGGUGGGAUUCUUCAUUUCUGGCUUCUUCCUAGUGCAGCAUUCUAUCAACUGCACCCACCAGCAUGCAGAGUUCAUCAACAGAAAAGGAAUCUACUCCAUCAGUGUUCAAAUUGUACAUGAUCAUCAAUGCCGAAUCAUUAGAAGUGUGUUGCAGACAUUUUGGGAACUGCCAUAUCUCUUGUAAACUAGAGAACUCACACUGCAUCCUUCCAAGGUCAUUGGGGAGCAACAACUUCUCCAUCCAAACACUGCUCAAGACUUUUUCAUG